AUGUGGCGCGAACUGGCUGCGAAACGGACGUUCAUAUCCUCGUCCGUGCUGCAGGAGCUGCGCCUGAACAAGAUCGAGGCUGAGAAGUUCCUGGCGCCGGAGGACACGACCCUGGACAAGGUCCGCACGACACUGCAGGUCGCGGCGCUCGCGGGGCUCAUGGCGGCGUCGUUCGGGCUGCACUGGAAGGUCGACCAGGUCAUCGCCAUCCUUGGCGGCACCGCGUUCCUCCUCGUCGCGGACCAGGUGGCGAACAUGGGCGGCGUCGAGGCGCUCGUCGUGGACACCGCGGCGCGCUUCGUCGACAAGGACUACGCGAACCGCGUCGCCCUCCACGAAGCAGGGCACUUUCUAACGGCCUACCUGGUGGGCCUGCUGCCGCGCGACUACUGCCUCUCGUCGCUCGACGCGUUCCGGAGGUACCGCGUCCUCAACGUCCAGGCCGGCUGCAAGUUCUGCGACGGCGCCUUCCAGCGCGAGGUGGCCAGCGGGAAGCUCAAGGCGUCGUCGCUGGAGCGCUUUGCGUGCGUGGCGCUGGCGGGCGUGGCGACGGAGUACAUGUACUUCGGGCGCGCGGAGGGCGGCAUCGCGGACGUGCAGCAGCUGGACGGCCUGAUGCGCGCGCUGGGGUUCUCGCAGAAGAAGGCCGACGGGGAGGUGCGGUGGGCGGUGCUCAACACAGUGGAGCUGCUCCGGCGACACCGCGCGGUGCACGGGCGGCUCGCGGACGCGAUGUACCGCGGGGAGCCCGUCGCGGAGUGCGUGCGGAUCAUCGAGGACGGGCUAAAGGACUGCGAGGACGUGUAG